UUUGAGCUGAGGCUUCCUCACCUCUUUUUCUCUGAUUUGAAAAAGUUUCAACAAAAAAUGCUCACUUCCUCUGAUAGCAUAAACAAAAAUGAAAGGAUUUUCCUAUUGAUUUCCUUUCAGUUCAAAAUGAUGAGACACUCUUAUAAGAUAUUGAAUCAAGUACGUUUGACCUGCGGUCAAAGCCUAGAGACUGUGACAUGAAUUCGAUCGGGCUAGUAGGCAGGAAAGAUUAUCCGAGCAGAUGUCGUUUCCCCCUAUUGGAACAGUAGGGCCAAUAAUAAACACACGCACACACAGACACACACAGCCUAAUCUGACAUAGCCUAGUAGCCCUUGCACAUCCCAUUCUCUCUCCUCUCUUUUCUCUCAGGCAGACAGUCGCUGUUCCAGUCCCACCAAUGUCAAGUUUUUUCGAGACUGUAUUUUGCACAAUUCUGCCUUAAUCAUUUUGUAUGAGUACACUACAGAAACAGUCUUUGGUGUGAGUUGCGGCAUUGCUUCAGCCUACAGAUGGACACACAAGGCGCGAAGAAAAGACUUUGUGGGAAGUGGCAUGUUUUGUGCCGUUUUGUGUUGUUCACUUGUUUCUUGGAUGCAGUCUGGGGACAGAUUCGCUACUCAAUUCCUGAGGAACUGGAGCAUGGAGCUUUUGUUGGCAAUAUUGCAGAGGACCUGGGCUUGGAUUUGGACAAGCUCUCUGCGCGCAGAUUCCGCAUAGUCUCAGGUGCCAAGAAGCAAUAUGUGGAGGUAAAUUUAGAAAAUGGAGUUUUAUUUGUUAAUGAAAGAAUUGAUCGUGAAGAACUAUGCGAGCAGAGUUUGUCCUGUUCUUUUCACUUGCAAGUGGUCAUAGAAAGCCCUCUGGAGCUGUACAGGGUAGAAAUGGAAAUUCUGGACGUGAACGAUAACUCUCCUAGUUUCCCGUGGACUGAGUUUAAUCUGGACAUAUCUGAGUCCGCUGCGCCAGGAUCCCGUUUCCCACUCGAGAGCGCACAAGACUUGGACGUCGGAUCCAACUCGCUCCGCACCUAUUUGCUGAGUGUAAAUGAGCAUUUCCUUUUGGAUAUACAGACGCGCAGUGAUGGCAGUAAAUUUGCAGAACUAGUCCUACAAAACCCACUGGACAGAGAGCAGCAAAGUGCGCAUCAAAUGGUUCUAACGGCGGUGGAUGGGGGCGCGCCGGAGAGAUCCGGCACUGCGCAAAUUGAUAUCACCGUUUUGGAUGCAAAUGAUAACGCGCCUGUGUUUGAGCAGUCGUUUUACAGAGUGAGACUUGCUGAAAACGCACCUAAAGGCACAGUUGUCAUAAAACUUAAUGCGUCCGAUUUAGAUGACGGUCCCAAUGCUGAUAUUACCUAUUCAUUCAGUGGCCACGCUCCCAUCAAAGUGCGCCAGCUUUUCAGCGUAGACUCGCGCACGGGGGAAAUCAAAGUCAAGGGAGUGAUAGAUUAUGAAAAGGCCAGGAUGCAUGAAAUUUAUGUUCAGGCUAAAGAUAAAGGCCCCUCCGCUGUGGCGGUUCACUGUAAAGUGCUGGUGAACGUUUUGGAUAAAAAUGACAACCUUCCAGAGGUGAUUUUGACAUCAGUGUCCACACCUGUGCAGGAGGACGCGCCCCCGGGAACGGUGAUAGCCGUCAUCAGCGUGAUGGACAAAGACUCAGGUGAAAACGGGAAUGUGGACUGUGAGAUCCCCCAUCACGUCCCAUUUCAGCUCCACUCAUCCUUUAAGAACUACUAUACAUUAGUAACUUGUGAUUUUCUGGACAGGGAGACAGUCGCAGAGUACAACAUCACACUUACCGCCAGAGAUAUGGGCUCUCCACCUCUAUUCACGAGGAAAACUAUUUUAGUGCAAGUGUCUGACGUGAAUGACAACGCGCCUCACUUCAAACAGCCUUCAUAUACUGUGUAUUUGACUGAGAAUAACGCGCCGGGAGCAUCAGUUUGCUCGGUGACUGCACUGGAUCCAGAUUCUGGUCAAAAUGCAUACCUCUCCUAUUCUAUCCUGGAAGGUGAUAUACAGGGAAUGCCUGUGUCCACAUACGUGUCCAUAAACUCAGACAACGGGAACAUUUACGCGCUGCGAUCCUUUGACCACGAACAACUUCAAAACUUUCAGAUCACAGUUCAAGCUCAAGAUGCCGGUUUUCCGCCUCUGAACAACAACGUUUCAGUGAAUAUCUUUAUUUUGGACCAAAACGACAAUGCACCUGUAAUUGUGUCACCAGUUCGGCAAAACGGCACAGCACCAAGCGAAGCAGUGCCCAGAUCAGUUGACGCUGGUCACAUUGUCACCAAAAUCAGCGCGGUGGACGCAGACGCAGGUCAAAACUCGCGUCUUUUUUAUCAAAUGCUCCAAGCAACAGACCCGAGCUUGUUCAGCAUUGCUCUGUACACAGGCGAAAUCAGGACGAUACGCCAGUUAGUGGAGAAAGACCCCAGGAGGCACAGCCUGGUCAUUCUCGUGAAGGACAAUGGUCAGCCACCCCUCUCGGCCACAGUUUCCAUCAUUCUGUCAGUGGUUGACAGCCUGCCAGAUUCGCAGCCCGAUUUGGGUGACCUGUCACUAAGCCCGCAUCACAGCUCCAACUUCACCCUGUACUUAAUCGUGUCUCUGGGCGCAAUCUCCUUCACAUUUCUGGUGGCUAUUAUUGUCCUGGUUGCAGUGCGGAGACUGAAGGGCAGACCGUCCAACCGAGAGUCCGACGUCCCCUCCAUCAGCGGGUGUUGCUGCUGCUGCUCUCGCACAGAAACAUCCACCACCACAGAGGUGUUCAAAAAGUCCAACUGUAAUGUUCUGGUGUCCACGGGCGCGUCCGGCUGCACGGAGGCAAACAGCAACGGCGCACUUCCUCAGGUCUACUGUUACAAAAUGUGUCUGACACCGGAAUCGUCCAAAAGUGACUUCAUGUUCCUCAAGCCCUGCAGUCCGGUAAUGUCAGUUCAACAGAAUAAUGCCAAGAGCACAGAUUACCUGACCUCUGGCUGGAGCGCACUGGACCGUAAUGAACUGGCCAACAACAGAGCAGCAACCCCAAACGAGCUCAAGUAUUCAAACAAGGACUGGACCUGGACCAAGAACCAACGCAACUCAGCAUACAAGAGGUAUAGCUCAGCAAAUAUGGAGGGCACGCUUUCUCGUCACCAAAAAUAUGAUGCUGAUGGGUUUUCCUGCUCCGUAGCACCACAGUACUGGACCUGGGGAAACCAUAUGAAUGACUGCAAGAUGUCUCUUCAAGAGGGAGCAGUUCCUAACUACUCAUGGGCUCCAAAGUACACCCAGCCUCAUUCUGAGCCACCAGACUACCAGCACAAUGUAUACAUCCCUGGCACCACGUCUGACUACAGUACGCUGAAGUUGGCACCCAGAGGAGAACUGGAUGUGUACAGCACUUUCUCUACUUUUGGAAAGAAAAAGAGAUUCAUCUCAAACUAUGAACAAUCUUUUGACAGAGAUGAUGGUCUCAUAAGCAAUGAUAUCUUCAAAUGAUACACAUACAACACAUACCGUAUAUUCUGUGUACGAUACAUAUGCCAUUAUCUAGUUCCAUUAAUAACUGUAAAAUGCUUCUCCAGUGAAAGUAUUGCUUUUAGAAGCUGACAGACUAUGUUUCUCCUUUUUCCAGUGGAAUUUAAUACCACUACUCACCACAAGUAUAUUCUUAUUUUUGUAAAUACUGAAAUAAAGUAUAAAUAAAUAAAGUCUAUUCUGAGUCAUGACGGGAUCUCCAAGUAGCAGAGGAUGACUUUUCCAUCAUGAAGUCGUAGUCUAGUUUAAAGGCAGUAAACCGGAACACUAGAAAGAAGGUAUUUCUUUUCCAGCUGCAGUGGGCUCAGGUAAAUAUGAUUUGAUCUGUUUGGAGGCUGCUGGUUCUCAGUAAGGUCAUAGUGAAAGUCUAACUCCAAAAAAGGUUCAUGAUUUCAGCAGCUUAUAGUCUAUUACAGGAGGGUUGUCCAUGUACCAGUCACUCCUAUGUAGACACACCAUUUUGCAAUGCUGUGUGUCAACAUUGUGAACCAAUUAACUGUACUAACUAGAAACAUUAUACUUUAUAGCCUUCAAAGUAGAGGUUUCUACCUAAAUCUAACAUAUUUAAGAUAUGUAUUUAAAGUACUGUAACUGCUAUACUCAACAACAUGGAGAAUCUUUGUGGGCAUUAUUUUUCUCAAAUGCUGUAAACCUUGAAUGGAUAAUCAAGCAAUGCCACAGUUACAGUUUUCUUAUAAGUUCGACUUCUAUCAUCCAACCAUGCCUGGUGCAUUUAGUGACAGGUCAUUUGUUCACAAGUGUAUUAAAUCUGAAUGCAGUCCAGGCACAAUGCGCAAAGCAACCAGAUGGUAGAGGUAAUUUAAAACAGAAGAAAGACUCAAUAACAAAUGCAUCUAUUUUCAGAAAUGUGACACUGAAAUGAUGAGGGGAACUAUGUACAACACCCAGGGGUUCAUUGAGGGAUUGUGUUGCAAGGAAUAGCAUCACAUGUCAUUUUACUCUGGGCUUGUGCAGUAGACCAUUACACUGACACAUCACAUCCACUUGUUGACACUUAGAAGGGCAAGACCACAGGUGUAAUGCUACUACAAAUAACACACACGUCUUGGACCACUCACAUUGUUUGACCACAAGCAACUGCUGUGUUUAAAGAGACAUAAUUCAGUCACUGGUUAUAUGCAUUCCCGAUCUGUAUUUAUCAUUGGGUCUGAUUUGUUUAUCUACAGAUGAUUACACAGUUAUGCUUAGACGGACUAAUCACUCUGUAUAAAGUCUAUCUGUACAUAUUAAUAUCAAUAAAUCUGUCCUCAGCUC